AUGCACACCGUCUUUCGCAUUGAUGGAGUCCGAAAAAUUGACAACAAUCAUGCACUUUAUCAAGUCGAUCUAAAACUGACGUCAGAUGAUGAUCCACAACUUCGAGAAUUAACUGACUGUAUUCGAGAAGAGGUUGACGAUGUCGGUUGGUAUCGAAUGGGUAAAUUGUUACUCAAAAUAGGUCAAUUUGACAAGGCCGAAGAACUAUAUAUGGCACUACUGGAACAGGCAUCGAACGAUAGUGCUAGAGCACUCAUCUUUCACCAGCUUGGAUGGUUGAAAGACGAUCAAGGACAAUAUGAAGAAGCAGUUGCAUUCUAUGAGAAGUAUCUGAAAAUUAAGCAGAAAACUCUUCCGAAAGAUCAUUCUUCAUUGGCUCCUACGUACAGCAACAUCGGUCAAGUGUAUAAUAACAUGGGUGACUACUCGAAAGCACUUGAAUUUUACGAAAAAUCACUUAAAAUUAAAGAAACAGCUCUGCCUUCGAAUCAUCCCUCAUUGGCUCCUACGUACAGCAACAUCGGUCAAGUGUAUAAUAACAUGGGUGUCUACUCGAAAGCACUUGAAUUUUACGAAAAAUCACUUAAAAUUAAAGAAACAGCUAUGCCUUCGAAUCAUCCCUCAAUGGCUACUUCAUACAGCAACAUCGGUCAAGUGUAUAAUAACAUGCGUGACUACUCGAAAGCACUUGAAUUUUACGAAAAAGAUCUAGAAAUCACAAAAAAAGCUCUGCCUUCGAAUCAUCCUGAUUUGGCUAUUUCAUACAGCAACAUCGGUCAAGUGUAUAAUAACAUGGGUGACUACUCGAAAGCACUUGAAUUUUACGAAAAAGAUCUAGAAAUCACAAAAAAAGCUCUGCCUUCGAGUCAUCCCUCAUUGGCUACUUCGUACAGCAACAUCGGUCAAGUGUAUAAUAAUAUGGGUGACUACUUGAAAGCACUUGAAUUUUACGAAAAAUCACUUAAAAUGAAAGAAAAAGCUCUGCCUUCGAAUCAUUUCUCAUUGGCUACUUCCUACAGCAACAUCGGUCAAGUGUAUAAUAACAUGGGUGACUACUUGAAAGCACUUGAAUUUUACGAAAAAUCACAUAAAAUCUACGAAAAAGCUCUGCCUUCGAAUCAUCCCUCAUUGGCUGUUAGUCAAUUGAGUUUUGCAGCAUGUUACGAAAAAAUGGGUGAUUACACAACAGCUCUUAAAGCCCUUAAAAAUGCUUAUCAAAUCCAGCAAAAAGCUUUUGAAGAAGGUAAUCCAGCUUUUGCUUCAACAUACAGCUGGUUAGGAAGAGUUUAUCGCAAUAUGAAAGAUUAUUCAAAGUCACUCGAUUACUUUCAAAAAUGCCUCACAAUACAUCAAAAUACAUUACCAGAAAGACAUCCCAAUCAAGCUAUCACAUACAGUAAUAUUGGUGAUGCUCAUCGUUUAAUGGGUGAUUAUGAGAAGGCAAUUUCAUUUCAUCGAAAAGCAUUAAAUAUUCAAGAAAAUGUUCAAUGUAAUCCUCUCGAAUGUGCAACGACAUAUAUAAAUUUAGGUGAAACAUAUCGUCAAAUGAAAGAUUAUACAACGGCAUUGACAUAUUAUCAAAAAGGAUUAGAAAUACGUGAAAAUAAACUACCAAAAAAUCAUCCUGAUUUAGCUGUAGUAUAUCACAAUUUGGCAAAAUUAUAUUUAUCUACUCAACAAUAUAAUAUGGCAAUGAAAAAUGUUCAACAAGCCGUAGAAAUUGCUCAAGAAAAAUUAUCUUCAAAUCAUCCUCAUAUUUUGGAAUAUAAAGAAACAUUUGAAAAAAUUCGAAAUAAAAUGUAA